CAUCCGCCGUGCGGCGUCACAACGGGCAGCGCACGAUGCUCUCCUCUCCUGCCGCCGGCGGCGCCCCGCGCGCCGCCCUCCCCGCACGUUGCCGCGGGGAACAGCUAGGCCGAGAAGAUUGCCGAGCAGCGCAGCGAGCGGCGCCCCAUAUAGAGGGCACCUGGUCGCGCCCCAGCUCGACCGUCCCACAAUCCUCUCUCAAGCAUGCGUCUCACUGAGGGCGUCUGGUCCGGCCGCGAGGGCGUGCACGUCCACUCGGCCGCCGAGGUCGCACGCGUCACGGAGCUGCCGCAGGGCGGGCUGCGUGCGCUCUGCACGACUCGCCAUGUGCGCCAUCGCGGCGACACACUCAACAAGCCCACCAUCACCGUCGAGCUCACCUCGCCCGCCGCCGGCAUCAUCGGCGUCUCGGCGCGCCACUUUGCAGGCAAGCCGGCGCUCAGGGAGCCCCGUGCGGUGCUCUUCCCCGACGGCGGCCCGCCCGAGGGCUCGCAGGCCAGCUCGCACAUCGACGCCGACUUUGCUCGCCUGACGACGGCCGGAGACGUCGCCAGUGCCACGCUGGCGCGCGCGGCCGACGGCUUUCGCAUCGAGUUCAAGGACCGCAGUGGGCGCAGGCUCACUGAGCUGGGCCAGGAGUCGCUGCAGUGGGCGCUGCUCACCAACGCCUCGCCGGCGCUGGCCGAGCGCGAGAAUGCGACGACGACGAUUGCCGACCCGUACUACCGCGCACCGCAGAGCCAGCGCCGCGGCUACAUGGUCGCAAGCCCGACCCUGGCCGUGGGCGAGAAAGUUUACGGCCUGGGCGAGCGCUUCGGGCCGUUUGUCAAGAACGGCCAGACCGUGGAGCUCUCACAGGAGGACGGCGGCACCAGCAGCUCCGUCGCGUACAAGAACAUCCCGUUCUACCUCACGAACAAGGGCUACGGCGUGUACAUCGACCACCUCGACCACGUCUCGAUGGAGGUGCAGUCCGACAAGAUGACGCGCGUGCAGGCUGCCGUGCCCGGCGAGACGAUCCGGCUGUACAUCAUUGCUGGCGCGACGCCCAAGGAGAUCCUGGCGCGCUACACGCUGCUCACCGGCCGGGCGCCGCCGGUGCCCGACUGGUCCUGGGGCCUGUGGCUCUCGACCUCCUUCCUCACGUCGUACGACGAGAAGACGGUGCAGUCGUUCCUCGACGGCAUGCGGGAGCGCGACUGCCCCGUCUCGGUGCUGCACUUUGACUGCUUCUGGCAGCGAGCGCACUGCUGGUGCGACUUUCAGUUCGACCCCGACUUCUUUCCGGACCCGCAGGGCUUCCUGGCGCGCAUCCACGAGCAGGGCAUCAAGGUGUGCGUCUGGAUCAAUCCGUACAUUGCGCAGGAGUCGCGCCUCUUCGAGGAGGGCGAUGAGAAGGGCUACUUCAUCAAGCGGCGCGACGGCUCGACGUUCCAGAGCAACGACUGGCAGGCGGGCAUCGCCACUGUUGACUUCACAAACCCAGAGGCGAGAAAGUGGUACCAGAGCUACCUCGAAGCGCUGAUGGACCUCGGCGUCGACUCGUUCAAGACGGACUUCGGCGAGCGCAUCGUGUGCGAGGACGUGGUGUUCCAUGACGGCUCAAAUCCGCGGACGAUGCACAAUGCCUACACGGGUCUGUACAAUGAGGCAGUGUACGACGUUAUCGUCCGCAAGCGCGGUGUGGCCGAGGCUUGUCUCUUCGCACGAUCAGCCACCGUCGGCGGACAGCGGUUACCAGUCCAUUGGGGAGGCGACGUCGACACGGAGUGGACUGGCCUCGCAGAGACGCUGCGCGGUGGGCUAUCGCUCGGCCUGAGCGGCUUUGCGUACUUCAGCCACGACAUUGGCGGCUUCAAGGCCGAGGGUAAGGCGGGCGGCGACCUGGCCAAGACGCCGGCUGCCGCGAUCUACAAGCGCUGGGUGCAAUUCGGCCUGCUCUCGUCCCAUUCGCGGCUGCACGGCUCUGCGUCGUACCGCGUGCCGUGGCUGAUCGACGACGAGGCGUCCCUGGUGGUCUCCAAGUUCACACACCUCAAGCACCGCCUGGUGCCGUACCUGAUGGACUCGAUGUUCACCGAGAUUCCGGAGGGCACGCCGCUGAUGCGGCCGCUGUUCCUCGAGUAUCCCGAGGACUGGUGCUCGUGGAACGUCGACACGCAGUACUUCCUCGGGCGCGACCUGCUCGUGUGCCCCGUGUUCGACGAGACGCACGUCUCCUACUACCUGCCCGAGGGCAAGUGGACGAACAUCCUCGACGGCUCGACGCGCACGGGCCCCAAGUACGUGCGCGACGAGGCACACUCGAUGCUCUCGCUGCCGCUGCUGCUGCGGCCCGGCAGCGCGCUGCUCAUGGGCCGCAAGGGGCACGCGCUCGACGACGACGUGCGCACGCGCGGCUUCGUCCUCGUCGUCGCAAAGACGACGCUGGCCGACGCAGCCCAGCCCGUGCGGAGCGAGAUGCACUUCCGUGAUGGCUCGCGCCUGCUGGUCGAGGUGGACGGGCAGGGCCAGGUGCAGGUGCUGGAGCCGAAGGGCUUCAGUGCGCCCGUCGAGGUUGUGCUGCUCGAGGAGGGCCGAGGCCUGGACACUGCGCCAUGAUGCGGCCAGACGGGCGUGCAAUCAUAGCACUGCAGCCCAUGUUGGCGUGACGCCGCUGAGAGUGUGUUACGGCUGGUGUUGCCUGGUGUGGUACAAAGGGAGGAUGCGCCGCUGCGGCGCCCGAUGCAGAUGUGACAGAGUG